GGUGGGGGGAAGCUUUGGGAGCUACGGUAGUGGAGGGCAGCCGCCGACCUGUGGUUGCUCGGCGGAAGAUAGUCUGCGCAAUCUUCCCUGCGGCGGCGAAGAUGGCGUCGUCGUUGUCUUCCAUGGCUGUUUCCCUUACCUUUCUGAUUUCUCUGUUUGCGGCGUUGACGGUCUUUCCGACGGCGGGCGCUCAGGUGACGGUGGGGCCAGGCGGGCAAUUCCGCAAGCUGCAGGAGGCGCUGAACCGAGCUGCUGCUGGAACACGCAUCGUUCUGCUCCCAGGCACGUACAGGGAGAAGGUGCGCGUGAGUCAGAAGGGGAUUCAACUGAUCGGGACGCCUGGCAAGUCGAUCAUCGUGUGGGGGGACUCCGCGGGGGAGGCGGGCGGCACCGACAAGUCCGCCACCUUCACCGUUUUGGGCGGCGCGAGCGGGUUCACCGCCACGGGCGUGUCCUUUGUGAACGACCAUGGACCGAACAAGAAGGGGAGUAGUAAUCAGCAGGCGGUGGCUCUCUACGUGCUGGCGGACUCCAGCUUCUACAACUGCAGAAUCGAUGGACAUCAAGACACGCUGUUCGCGCACGCGGGAAGGCAGUAUUACAAGAGCUGCUGGAUUUCCGGGACGGUGGAUUUCGCGUUUGGCGCGGGAACCGUCUUCUUUGAGGACUGCACGUUGUACGCGAAGAAGAGGGUGGAUUCCACGUACGCUACGUACACUGCGCAGCAGCGUAACACGGCCAACGCACCCUCCGGAUUCGUGUUCUUGAGGGGUAGUAUCCAAUGCGGAUUGGGCGUGAAGGGGUGGCUGGGGCGCGCGUGGGGAACCUACGCCAGGACCAUCUUCAUCCAGACGUUCAUGCACGACUGUAUUCGCCCCGAAGGCUGGACGACGAUGAAGUCAUUCAAGGCAACCUCUACCACGUUUUUCGCCGAGUACCAGUGCACAGGGCCAGGAUCCAACCGGCAGGGAAGGGUGCCAUGGGCGAAGACGCUGACGCCUGCUCAGGCGAGGUUCUUCUCCUCCAAAAGCAAUUUCAUUGGUCGAUCGUAAAUGAAGUGAACGUGUGCUCCAUCUUCAUGUGUGCAGUGAAGACAAGAAGCGGAUGGCAUUAUAUAUAUAUAUAGGGCGCAACCGAUCCUUGGCGCUUAUGGACCGGAUGGAUUGGUGGAUAGGCGUAUGGUAAUGAUGUAGAGGAAGGAGAGUGCCCGCCGCCGUGGGAGUUGGUUACGAGCGAAAUGCGCUGCGGGCAUAGCUAGCGUAGCGUUCCAUCGUACAGUUGUUGUUGCUGUUGCUGUUGCUGUUGUUGUUGUGCACGCGUAACGGACUUCGUCGUAGAGUGUUAAGCAAAAAAGAAAAGGCAGUCCUCAAUUUUUAAGAGGACGUGCUUUCGGCGACGCUGUUUGUCUGACUUGUCUGGCAUUUGCGUCGUCAUUUUUUCAUCUGGUUAAUAAUCGCCAGGGUUGAAUUUGGGCAGCUGCCGCGGUCGAUUUGGUCGUACGGUUGUUGACCUUCGCCUGGAGGGCUUUUGCUUUUACCUGCCGUACUGGACGACGAUGAAGAGAUCCGUACGACGAUUUGCUUUAUCUCCGUCCUUGUCUUGAGGAUGACGAGAGUAUGGGCAAUGCUUGGUUUGUCCGUCGUCGGAAACGGCCAAGUGACAGUGGCUGUUAGCCUGGUACUCGUAGACAACCCGAGUCUGUCGUUAGCAGUGUAGAGCGUUCAAGGAAUGAGUAUGCUAUGCGAAAGAGUCAGGGAAAUAAUCGGGAAGGACUGCAGUGUGUUCGAAAUAAGCCUAAGGAAGGGUACGUGAUUUGGUAUCGGCUUUACCUGCCUUUCUGCCUACGUUCCACGCUUUCCGUAAGGCUGAGUAUGGACGGCAGAGAGAUGGGGUAGUGUGGCAUUCAGUGCAAGGGAGGUCUUUUCUUCAGCCCAGGAAAAGGCAUACUUUUCGCUUUGAGGGGUACGGACGAGAGGUUACUUUUCGCUUUGAGGGGUACGGACGAGAGGUUACUUUUCGCUUUGAGGGGUACGGACGAGAGGUUACUUUUCGCUUUGACGGGUACGGACGAGAGGUUAUUAGGGCCAGAUCCCACUAGUCUCUAUUGUUCUUUUCUGACCGUUGAUCGUCGUAAUCGAGGGUGAAAAAUGACUAAUCCAGGGUAGUGGGAUCUGACCCUUAGUAGUCGAAACGUUCCAGGACCUCCUGAAAGAAUUUGUCCUCCGAUUAUUGCUGUGGAUAGAGGUCUUGUGUCGACUUAUCGAGGACGGGAGGUGAAGCCUCGCUCCUUGGCUGGACUGUUUUUUUUUUUUUUUUUUUUAAUUCUGAAUUGAAUUUGUUAUACUAAUAUUGGUAUUAUAGAUAAUUUUUAGCGGCGUCCAGUUUGAAGAAGGUUUACUCACUAUUUCAUGCGUUUUGCUAAUGCUAUUGAUAACAACUAUUACCGGCGAGCAAAUUGGAAGACGGGUUUUAUUCACUAUUUCACGCGUUUCCUUAGUUUUUUUUUUUCUGUUUCUUUUUGCUAUGGGAGGGAGGUGCCCACAAGCCUCGCGUCUGUGGCCAUCGAUCCGUUUCUUCCAAAUGAUUUGCUCCAAACCUGGCCUUAUGUUGGGGAAUUGUGCAAGCGUGUGUGGCCUUGUAUUGCGUACUAGUUACCUUGGCGUCGGGCGUUGGAUCCCGUCUUUUCAAGGCCUUUUUCAAAUUUUUGGCUGACUAUUAAUUAGAACGUCAUCACAUUGUAUUUUGGGCUACGUCAGUUUGCCUUUCUCCCGAAGGCUCUUCAAGCUGCGGGGAUUCGCAGACGACGGUAGUUGGCGGGGAAGGGAUUGGUCGGAAGCGCGCGCGCGCAUAUGAGAGAGAGAGAGAGAGAGAGAGAGAGAGAGAGAGAGAGAGAGAGAGAGAGAGAGAGAGAGAGAGAGAGAGAGAGAGAGGAUAUUGUUAACUUGUUACGUGAUUAUCGAAAUGUGGUGUUGUUGAUUACGAGCGUUUGAAUAAG